UCAUUGGUCACAUUUCCACAUCUUUAAAAUAGGUUAUGUUAAAUAUUCAAACUAUUUAAGUUAUUUUUAUCGGCUUGUUUGCUUUAUUAUCAAAUAUAAGUGAGAUUUGAGUUUAUGAGAUUACAGUUGAGAUUAUAACCGAUAUCAAAAUGCAGGAUAAACCAGCGGAAGGUGUUGAAAGUAAAAAGGCCUUAAAAAAGGAGGCGAAGAAAGCUGAAAAAGCCGCUAAACGUGCCGAGCAUAAAGAAGCAUCUGGAAAAGUUCAACCUACUGUUGAAAAUGAAGUUGAUUACUCUCAGGGAAAAUAUGGCGUUUUACCUUUAAUAAGAUCGGAUACGAAUGCUAUAAAUCGCGACUUUACCGAUGUAAAAGAUCUAAGUGGUACAAUUGUUGGAAAAACAGUUUGGGUGAGAGCUAGAUUGCAUACGGUUAGGGGACGUGGAAAGCAAUGUUUUAUGGUGUUAAGACAACGAGAGUUUACAAUUCAAGCAGUUUUUAAUGUCAGCGAUAAUGUUUCUAAACAAAUGGUUAAAUUUGCAAGCAACAUCUCUAAAGAAAGCAUUGUUGAUCUCCAAGCUGAAGUUGUAAAAGCUGCUGCAGAAAUCAGUGGGUGUUCUCAACGCGAUGUUGAAUUAGAUGCAAAAGAAAUUUGGGUUGUUUCAGCUUCUGCCCCACAAUUACCUUUACAAAUUGAAGAUGCUUCUCGUCCAGAAACUGCAGAGUCUGAUGGAUUAAACAUUCGUGUAAAUCAAGAUACACGGUUGGACAAUAGAGUUUUGGAUUUGCGAACACCAGCAAAUCAGGCUAUUUUCAGAUUAGAAGCAGGUGUUUGUAAAUUAUUCAGGGAUACUUUAACCGAUCUUGGAUUCACUGAGAUUCACACCCCAAAAAUUAUUUCAGCUGCCUCUGAAGGUGGAGCAAAUGUAUUCACUGUGAGUUAUUUCAAAGGAUCAGCUUAUUUAGCUCAAAGCCCACAACUUUAUAAACAAAUGGCGAUUGCUGCCGAUUUUGACAAGGUUUUCACUGUUGGGGCUGUUUUUCGAGCUGAAGAUUCAAACACACACCGACAUUUAACUGAAUUUGUUGGUCUCGACUUGGAAAUGUCUUUUAAAUAUCAUUAUCAUGAAGUUUUACACACAAUUGGUGCCAUGUUUUGUAGCAUAUUCCAAGGAUUAAGAGACAAUUAUUCUCGCGAAAUAGAAAUUGUUGGAAAACAAUUCGCCGUGGAACCUUUCACUUUCUUAGACCCACCUUUGAUUCUUCAAUAUGAUGAAGGUCGAAAAAUGUUAGCUGAAGCUGGAGUUGAAGUUGGGCCUGAAGAGGAUUUAAGUACACCGGCGGAAAAGCUUUUGGGGCGUCUUGUUAAAGUGAAAUACGACACCGAUUUUUAUAUGCUUGAUAAAUAUCCUUUGGCUGUACGCCCAUUUUAUACAAUGCCGGACCCUAAUGAGCCAAAAAAAUCAAAUUCGUAUGAUAUGUUUAUGCGCGGAGAAGAGAUUCUUAGCGGAGCUCAACGUAUUCACGACCCACAAUUGUUAACUGAGAGAGCUAGUCAUCAUGGAAUUGAUUUGUCAAAAAUUGCUGCGUACAUUGACGCUUUUAAAUUCGGUUGUCCUCCCCAUGCUGGAGGCGGGAUUGGAAUGGAAAGAGUUGUUAUGUUAUAUCUUGGAUUAGAUAAUAUUAGAAAAACUUCUAUGUUCCCGCGUGAUCCUAAACGGAUUACUCCUUAAUGCUUUGUAUUUUAUAUGAAGAUAAAUGUAAUCAUUGUGGUAAUAAGUUACCACAAUGAUUAUUCUUAUUAUUAUUCAUUUUUGAUAAUAAGUAUAAAUUCAAUUUAAUAAUCA